CACGUUUCUCAGUCUCUCUCCAUCCUGAACACACGGCCACCAUAGAAGUUCUUCUACCUCCCACCACACAGGUGGACAGAAGAAUCGAUCUUCUUGUCAUAUUGGUCUUUAUAAUUAUAACAAAGUCCCACAGGAAACGAGUCAUAUGGGUGUUUUAAGGGACUGAACGUCUUUAUUGCAGUUCACUCGACGAUUCGCACAGGGCACAAGCCAUAUUGGUGUUCUUAAUGUCAAAAAUGUUUUAGAUACUCUUCAACAUCUGUCCAGCUUCAGAGGACAUCAGGCAAGUUGGUGUUCUGAAAGUGACAAUGUCUUUACAGCCCAUGUAUACAUAAGAGGAGUCCUUUCAAAAGCUAUUGUUUGGAAUGUGAUAAAAGGUUUUACCAUGAAGACAAAACGUAUCAAACACCAGCAGGUUCACACUGUAGAGAAGCCAUAUCAUUGUUCUGAAUGUGAUAAAGCUUUUUUAUACAAGUCACAUCUUUUCGUACACCAGAAGAUUCACACCGGAGAGAAACCAUUUCAGUGUUCUGAAUGUGACAAAGCUUUUACAUCGAACGCAGAUCUGAUCAGACACCAGAGGGGUCACACUGGAGAGAAGCCAUAUCGGUGUUCUGAAUGUGACAAAACUUUUAAAUGUAAGGAAGGCCUUAAUGUACAUGAGAGGAUUCACACAGGAGAGAAACAAUUUCAGUGUUCCAAAUGUGACAAAUCUUUUCUACGGAAGGUACAGCUUAUCGAUCACGAGUGGGUUCACACUGGAGAGAAACCAUAUCAAUGUUCUGAAUGUGACAAAGCUUUUAUAAGAAAAUCAGGUCUUAUCAGACAUAAGAUGAUUCACACUGGUGAGAAGCCGUAUGAGUGUUCUGAAUGUGAUAAAGCUUUCCACUUGAAGGCUAAUCUUCUCUCACACCAGAAGAUUCACACUGGUGAGAAGUCGUAUCAGUGUUCUGAAUGUGAUAGAGCUUUUGCACGCAAGAAAAGCCUUAUCCAACACCAGAGGAUUCACACGGGAGAGAAGCUGUAUCAGUGUUCAGAAUGUGGGAAAGCUUUUGCAACCAAGCCACAGCUUAUCCAACACCAGAGGAUUCACACUGGAGAGAAGCCGUAUCAGUGUUCGGAAUGUGGUAAAGCUUUUUCACUGAAGGCAGUCCUUGUCAAUCACCAGAGGAUUCACAUUGGAGAGAAGCCAUAUAAAUGUUCGGUAUGUGGUAAAGCUUUUAGACAUACUCAAAGCCUUAUCACACACCAGAAAGUUCACACGGGAGAGAAGCCACAUCAGUGUUCUGUAUGUAACAUGACCUUUGCAUUGAACUCAGAGCUUACCAUUCACCAGAUACUUCACACUGGAGAGAGGCCAUAUCAUUGUUCUGAAUGUGAUAAAGCUUUUACACAUAAGUCAAAGCUUUUCAGACACCAGAAGAUUCACACUGGGGAGAAGCCAUUUCAGUGUUCAAAAUGCGACAACGCUUUUCAAGAAAAAUCAAUGCUUAUCGUGCAUGAGAGGAUUCACACUGGAGAGAAGCCAUAUCAGUGUUCUGAAUGUGACAAAGCUUUUACAAUGCGGACGUAUUUUAUCAGACACAAGAUGGUUCACACUGGAGAGAAGCCAUAUCAAUGCUCUGAGUGUGACAAAGCUUUUACAAUGCGGACGUAUUUUAUCAGACACAAGAUGGUUCACACUGGAGAGAAGCCUUAUCAAUGUUCUGAGUGUGGUAAAGAAUUUGCACGUAAGGAAAGCCUUAUCAGACACCAGAUAGUUCACUCUGGAGAGAAGCAAUUUCAAUGUUCAGAAUGUGAUAAAGCUUUUAAACAUAAGGAAAGCUUUAUUAUACACCAGAAGGCUCACAAGGGAGAGAACCCAUAUCAGUGUACAGAAUGUGGCAAAGCUUUUACAGUGAAAAAAGAUCUCAUCAGACAUCAAAUGACUCACACUGGAGAGAAGCCUUAUGAGUGUACUGAAUGUGAUAAAGCUUUUACUCGCAAAGCAGGUCUUAUCAGACACCAGAGGGUCCACACUGGAGAGAAGCCAGAAUGAGACAAAGCUUUUAUGAUUUAAUGCCGGGCUGACCAAACGCCAAAGGAUUCAAAAGUUUCAGCUACAGUGAGAAAAUUGCGAGAAGGGGGAUUAAAAAGGGUAAAAUCCUAAGCCACAAUAAGAGUUGCAGGUAUCUCUUUAGUUUCACGCCUCAUGUAAUCCCACAACCUAGUGAAAAAGUCUAAUGCUACCUUAAAAAACAAACUAAAAAAUGUGAGCAAACAAGAAUGUAAUGGAUGGAUUCCUUGAGAUUAGUACUUUUCUCCAUCUGCACACACCUAUAGUCUGUGAACAUUUGACCUUUUUGAUACAUUUUCUCAGAGAAGCACCAAAGACUGAACUGUUUCCUCAUGAUUCACAUCUUGCUCAUCUCCUGUUUUAAGAGGUUUGAUAGAACAUGUACUGCAUUUUCAUCUUUCACUAACUGAGCUGUGUUCCCAAGUGCCUUUUUUAUUGCCAGAUCCUGAGCUAAUGCAAUAACAAAACUGCCUCAGUAACAGAGACUAGGUAGUAUUUAAGUGGCAUCUUACCACGUCUUAAAAAGUCUUCGCGGGAAAGUCCUUUCCAUGUUCUUCUGACUGUUGAUUCAUCAUCAGUGAUGCUUGAAGGUUCAAGCUAAUUCCACCUUGUCCACAUCUCCCUUUAUACAUUCCACGUCGCCUCCCAUAAUCCACGCCUUCUUUCAACAUUACACCCAAUUGAUGACAUCUUCGAAGGCAGGUCUCUGGCAGAUAUAUCAGCCAAGGGAAGUCUUUGUUCAGAGAGACUCCCUAAGCUGGUGUAAGCCUUCCAACAGUGAGUUGCUACUGUUUUUUGGGAUGAGCUUGACAGUAGCACUUAAACCCAGCUGGUCACGUGUUCCAUCUAGUUUUUCUGCAAGUCUAAAAGAUUCCAUCAGGUGAUUAUUGGAUGUCCUUCACAUCUUAUUUCUCUGUCCAGCUAUUGCUCCAUAGGACCAGUGUUUCUCAACUCCAGUCCUUGAGGCGCCCCAACCGGUCAUGUUUUCAGGCUUUCCAUUAUUUUGCACA